GGACUGAAGCAGAAGCAGGAGGCAAGCAAAGGAUCACACGGAACUCAGAGAAGACUCAGAGGAUCCCCUGCUGACUUGAGAAAGGAGAGAGAGAGAGGGAGAGAGAGGCACACACACAGAUUACUGAGGAACUUAAAAAGAAAGGAGGGGAAAAAAGCCCUGCCAGAAGGAACUCCAGAAGGAACCAUGAGCAGUGCAGCCUUGCUGACUCACCUUCCAGACCCCAGUAGCAGCUUCAGAGAAGAUGCCCCACGCCCCCCUGUACCAGGGGAAGAAGGAGAAACACCAUGCCACCUGGCUGCCAGUUUGUUUCUUGUGAAAAACCAAAGCUUCAAGGCCAUGUCAGUUUCUUCCACGCCAAGGAGGAAUGAGGAUGGUCUGGGGGAGCCAGAAGGCAGUGCAUCUCCAGAUUCCCCUCUUGCGCGAUGGAACAAAUCCUUGCAUUCCUUGCUGGGAGAUCAAGAUGGUGCCUAUCUCUUCCGGACCUUCCUGGAAAGGGAGAAAUGUGUGGAUACUUUAGACUUCUGGUUUGCCUGCAAUGGCUUCAGGCAGAUGGACCUUAAGGAUACCAAAACUUUAAGAGUCGCCAAAGCUAUAUAUAAAAGGUACAUUGAGAACAACAGCAUUGUCUCCAAGCAACUCAAGCCUGCCACCAAGACCUACAUAAGGGAUAGUAUUAAGAAGCAACAGAUAGAUUCUGUAAUGUUUGAUCAGGCACAAACUGAGAUCCAGACUGUGAUGGAGGAAAAUGCUUACCAGAUGUUUUUGACUUCUGAUAUAUACCUCGAAUAUGUAAGGAGUGGGGGAGAAAAUCCUGCUUAUAUGAACAGCAAUGGACUGGGGAGUUUAAAAGUUGACUGUGGCUAUCUCCCUACCUUGAAUGAAGAAGAGGAAUGGAGCUGUGCUGAUUUUAAAAACAAACUUUUGCCAUCCGUACUUGGGUUGUCCAGCAAGACAUUGAGGGCUACAGCAAGUGUCCGAGCUACAGAAACUGUGGAGAAUGGGUUCAGGUCCUUCAAGAGGAAUGAUCCUGGUAACCCUUACCAUGUGAACUCUGGUUAUGUCUUUGCUCCUGCCACUAGUGCGAAUGAUAGUGAAAUAUCUAGUGAUGCUUUGACUGAUGAUUCCAUGUCAAUGACAGACAGCAGCGUUGAUGGGAUUCCUCCUUAUAGACUUGGGAGUAAGAAGCAACUGCAGAGGGAAAUGCAUCGUAGUGUCAAGGCCAAUGGUCAAGUUUCUCUACCUCACUUUCCAAGAACUCACCGCCUUCCUAGGGAAAUGACCCCUGUGGAACCAGCUGCUUUUGCCGCUGAACUCAUCUCUCGAUUAGAAAAGCUCAAGCGAGAUCAAGAGACCAUGGACUCUCUGGAGGAGAGGCUGCAGCAAAUCACAGAGGAUGAAGAGAAGGAGGGAUCUGAAAUACCUGUCAGCUCACAGACCACCCGAGAAGUCACACCUGUCCAGCAUCAACAACACCCCUUGACUCUCCUACCCUCUGGCAGCUAUGAGGAUGAUCCUCAGGCCAUCCUGGAUGACCAUCUUUCACGGGUGCUGAAAACCCCAGGGUGCCAGUCUCCUGGUAUGGGGCGACAUAGUCCUCGUGCACGGUCUCCAGACCGCCUCCCAGGUGGCAAGUUGCUGCUGGCACCUGGCACAGCCUCUAUCCCCACCGCCUGUGCCCUGGUCAGCAAAGGAUUUGUCACCAAGCAGACCACCAAGCAUGUUCACCAUCACUACAUCCACCAUCACACCAUUCCCAAAACGAAGGAGCAGAUAGAAGCAGAGGCGGCCCAACGAGCCCAAUGCAUGGGCCCUGGGGGGAGCGACUAUUAUUGUUACUCCAAGUGCAAGGGUCACACAAAGGGGGCAGAACUUCCUGUGGCACAGCUGGAGCCAUUUGGCCUCAGCAGAACUGGGACGCUUCCGAAAAGAAACUGUAAGCUACCAGAUGGCAUUCUCCUGCCAGGUGGAGAAGGAGGAGGGCUCUCCAUCCCGCCAGGGGUCCAGCUACCUGGAGGGGAGGCAGACCGAUCACAGAAUGUCUGGCAGUGGAUGCUGGAGAGUGAAAGACAAUCUAAGCACAAGCCCCAUAGCACACAAAGCACAAAGAAAGCCUACAAUUCAGAAUCCACCAGAGGUGUGCCUGGGGAGCGCCCAGCCCGUCACCACCUAUGGGGGAGCAGCAGCCACCCACGCAGCAUUCAGCCUGCCCACCCUUUUGUCCAGGAUCCUGCCAUGCCCCCACUGACACCUCCCAAUACCCUGGCUCAGCUGGAGGAAGCUUGCCGUAGGCUAGCAGAAGUAUCCAAGCCACAGAAACAACGAUGUUCAGCUUCAAAUCAGCCGAGGGAUCGCAACCACUUGACUUCCGUACCAGGAGGAAAUGGUCCUUUUUGCAAUGCAAGUGUAGCAACAGAAGAUCACAAAGAACCAAAGAAGCUCCCUGUUACUCACUCCUCCCAGCCUAGUGAGUUGAUUAUCACUUAUUUUUUCUGUGGAGAAGAAAUUCCAUAUAGGAGGAUGUUAAAGGCCCAGAGCCUGACACUUGGGCACUUUAAAGAGCAGCUGAGCAAAAAGGGAAAUUAUAGGUAUUACUUCAAAAAGGCAAGUGAUGAGUUUGACUGUGGUGCAGUUUUUGAAGAAAUCUGGGAUGACGAUGCUGUUCUGCCCAUGUACGAGGGAAGGAUCCUGGGAAAAGUUGAGAGGAUUGAUUGACUGGCUGGCUGGCUGGCUGGCUGGCUGGCUGGCCUUGCCUGUGUGAAGGUGUUUAGGAAGACAUAAGCUAAAGAGGCCAGCCUCUGGACACAAUUACCAAAUCAAGCUUUUGAAGGAAAGUUUGAACCAAUGAAGAAAAAGCAACAUAAAUAAGUGGACAUCUAUGAAGACUUUGCCAAAUCAGCCUUAGAGGGGGAAAAACAUAGACAACUGUUGCGCUGAGUACCAAGAUGUUAAGAACUCUGAACUAUUUAUUAAGAACAUGACCACUCUUGGUUGUUGAAGAUGCGGCCCAUGUUUUCAAAGACUUCCAUAUAUAAUAUAUGGCUUCCUGGGGAUCCCACACCUAUGGACUAAGAAAGACCGUGUAUAGCUUACUUAUGAUAAUCCUUAUUGAUAUUUAUUGAACAGUCUGGUUUUAUCCCCCUUUACGUCCAAUGAUGGACAUGCUGCUUUAAACAAUGGAGAAAAGAGGGGAUAUGAGGUAAAGGAAAAGGUUGGUUUUAUAUUUUAUUUUUUACAUCAUUUCCACUAUCUAAACGAUUAAAAAAAUUAAAAAGUGCAUUUGUUUCUUGCUACCUUAGAAAGCCAACUGGAAUUAAUGUCAUAUCCAGCAUUUCUCCAGUUGUUUUAUUUCUGAGGAUGGGAGAGGAAGAGAGAGAAUGAAAACUAUCCUAUACUUUUACUCUUUUAGAGAAGAAUAUAUUUGAAUCAAUGCUGCUCUAAGGCUUGGUGCAGACAUAAUACUCUUGAUUGCCUAAUAAUGAUUAGCUAAUCAGGAGCAUUCAACAGACUUUUCCUCCCUCCCUCCCUUCUCUGCCCAUUCCCUAUUUGGACUUGACUGUGGUAUUAAAAGUGAGCACCAGUGAACUAAAUAUACCAUUCAUUUUAACAGAGUUUAUGAACCUGCUUAUGUCUGCAGAUUCUGGUUUUGAAGCUCACAAUGGUUAAUGUUCACACUGGUCCAGUAGAAAUGCUGCCAUCUUGGUAGCCCUAGAAGGGGUAGAGAAGGAAUGGGAUAAAUUCAAGUGCAAGAGUAGAGGAGGAAAGAGUGUGUGAGGCCCACAAUGGCUCCUGGUUACUUAACCAUUAAUAGGAGACUGGGAAUGCUGCAGCUGCACCAGACCUAACAGUGUUCUCAUGGGUUAAAUAAUAUCUCCGCUACAAAGGAUAAUAAUACCAUUUAUGGGUCUUGUCAUUCAGUUUCUGUGGUAAUAAUAUACACCUGCCUCUUUCUAUAUAUCUAUCUAUAUAUAGAUAUAUAUUUGCUCCCUAUCUUUAUGUGUUUCCAUUGUGUAUCUUUACUAAAUGAAGCAGCCUGUGGAAAAUCCCAGGUGAGGGACCCAAAGUUUCAUAUUGACCAGUUUUGUUGUAGGAGAUGAUCUCAAACAUAGGAGAAAAAGUGGUACAUGAAACUUACCAGUUCAAUUUCACACUGUCAAGUAUAGCCAGAUUUUUUUAUUGUAUGUUCUUCACCACCAUGAGCUACAGUGUGCUUGUUCCCUCACCCCUACAUGUAGAAUUCACAGGCAUUGCCUUUUCAGUUUUCAGAGAAAUCUUGUUUUCAAAGGGAUCUUGUAGCACCUUUUAGAGUAACUGUGUCAAGUCUAUGAAAACUUAUGCUACAAUUUCUUUCAUACAGGUGGUCUUCAGGUGCUACAAGAUCCCUUGGCAUACCCCUACAUUUGGUCACUCUUUUUGUAGUGACACUUUCCAUUUUGCUGCAGCAGUUAAUAGCCCAGACUGUCUCAAGAUGUGGUUUCCCAUCUUAGAUUGAACGGCUGUUAAACCAGUAGGGUUCUCAGCCUUUGGCCCUCCAGAGGGUUUGGACCUCUGUUCCGAGAAUUCCUGAAUAUUGGCCACACUGGAUUCUGGGAGCUGUAGUUCAAAACAUCAGGAAAAUGAAAGUCUGACAUCCCCACUGCAUUAGAGUGAAAUGUUGGUGUCCCUGUAUGGUGAGCCCAGACAUUUUGUUCCAACAUUUCUAGCUGAGAGUUUAGCUUGCCUCUCCACCGGCCAGUAGCAUCAGUAUAUAAUUUUUGAUGUGGUCUUAUAAGUGUUGUCUUUGUUCUGCUAAACCAAAAGCCUGCCAUGCUACCAGACAAACCAGUCUGGAAUGACAUCACAGCUUUCUAAGCAUGCCUUGGGCGAGUAAGCGAUUUAGUUCUUUUGUUGAGUAAAAAUGAUAAGAUAGCUGGCUUCUGAGGGGGGGGGGGUGCAUCUGAAAUGGCUUGAGCAUCCUCUCCUCCUCUGUGGCCCACCACUCUAUAAAACCUUGUACUUAUUGUACUCAAUGGCUGAAAUAUGUACGACCUGAGCUGUAAAAUCAUCACAACAGUACCAUAUCUGUGUGUGUAGUGGAACACAACAGGACAACAUAUACACACUGAGAAAGACACUUAAUUUGGAUAUUUUUGUUCUAGUUGGUGUGUUCUAUGCCAAUCUUACAUUUCUUUUGUAUAGUAUGUCUGUAUAUAGUGUAGAAAAAUGUGAUGGAAAGAAAUACUAUUAAUACACUAUCUCUAGUGUGUGUUUUUUUAAAGAAAAAAAAAACCUUCAAUCAGUACAGUACCUGUGCCUGCAUGGUGUUACUAUGCCAUGUUUUGCCCUGUGUUCAGGGUCCAAACUCUCCCUUGUUUGUUUAAGGGGCUUAUGUAUAAUAUAUUUUAUGCCUUUUUACUACAAGUCUUGUACUUUAUGACUUUUGCCAUGACAUUUGUUCUACUUAUACUGUAAAUUAUGCAUUAUAAAGAGUUUCAUUUAAAGAAAAAAUUACUUGGUACAAUAAUUAUUGUAAUUAAGAGAUGUAGCCUUUAUUAAAAUUUUUAUA